CUAUGAAACUCAUCUUGCCAUUACUUAUCUUAACAACUCUACUCUAUUCUCUCCCAAUCGCCACCAAAGAACUACCAGAUCCUUCCUCAUUCAGUAGCCGGGUAACUAAGAUUUCCUACUCGACUUGGGACGGGUUCAUGAAGCAGUACCACUACGCACAAGGGUUCACUCUUCCAGAGGACUGCCUCAGUGAGAAGUUUGAACGAGAAGUGGAACGGAUUGUAGUGGCGCUUAGGGAAGAAGAGAGCUGUAGUGGGAAAGUGAAGAAGGUUUAUGAAGGGUUGGUUAAGAUUCAGGCUGUGACUUAUAAGAAUUGCUUAGUUCCUAACUUGGUCACCGAAAUCAAAUCAGAAUGUAAUAAGCAUGGUUGUGACAUCUUUACUCUAAGCAUGAGACUCCAACAAGACUUCAGUAUCCUAAUCUCCUUAUACAACGACAUUUUGGACAACUACUACCAAGAAUUCGACUCAGAACAAUCCCUCUAUAACUCAUUCAAAAAUAUCGGAAUUGACAUCGCUAAAAUCACCCACAUCAUCCUUGGUAUGAGGCAAUAAACCCCCUAAA